GCUCGAUAAGCGGUAGACUUACCGACACUGCUGACUACGAUACACCUGUCACAAGUAGUCUGCUACCACCAUUGAUAAUGUCAUCUCUUAAACUUGACAACAGACACGACAUGGCGGCUAAUGACCAUGUCCGGCACCAUCUUAAACGACAGGAACAGUGGAUACACACGGAGCGUCUAAAGAACUGGAGGCGCACCAAUGGAGGUAGAAUUUCCAGGAGACCUGCUUACCAACACAGUUCGUCUUCGGGACAGAAAUCCGACGUGAACAGUGGAAACUCUGCUGAGAGUCUUCAUACGCAGUCCUCAUCGUCGUCAGACCCUCAUCACCCAGUCAUGGAGGAAAUGGACGAGGAACAGAGAGAGGCCAUUGACAAAUGUCUGCGAUGGAUGGAGCACCUUCCCAAAAAGUUUUCCGGGAUGCAUAUAAUCGUUCCUGCGCCGGACAGUACAGACCAAUCUUGAGUGAUAUGUGAACCUGUCACAUUGAACAAAACAACGUUGGUGAAAUUCUAACACAGAUUGUGGCCAACUUUGGUGCUGAAUAUGUUUUUGCUGGACGACAGCAGGAGCUAGACAACCGUAUGUCUACCCCCGGACUAAACACCGUUGAUAUAACAUCUACGUGUGUCUAUGUGCUGUAUUCCGUACUACAUAAAGUGUACGUGUGUCCGUCUACACCACUGCCAGGAAUGGUGAAAAUACAAACUACACGUGCAUGAUUGUGCACGUAACAUGACCAUACCGGUAUCAGUGAGGACAGUUACGGAACUGUUAUUGUAAGUGCUAUUAUGUGAUGAUGAGGGACGAGAUGUGGAAUCUAUUUAAUGUACCACUAUGUGUUCAUAACAUUUGAAACUUUCCGCUGCCAAUAACAGCGACUCGUGUUUAGAUUGGACUAAACAUGUGGUGUGUUCCGCACGUGCCAAGCCAGGUUGACCAAGACAUAGGAGAACUUUAAUGACAGUUUUUCUGGAGAAGCUUACAUAUCUAUAGGACUUUUGCAUGCUAAAAAUAUUUCUAAUUCACAUUUUUGGUCCAAAGUAAAAGUUUCCCUUUUAAGAGUUUAAUGUUAAUCGAUCUGGAUGUUUUAACAUUUAUUUUAUUGAGAAACAAACUUUUGAAAGAAACGUAAAAUAUUAGUAUCUAAUUUCAUUUUAGAUUGAUCAAUUGGAACUAUUUAAACUGUUUGAUAUUAUGAAUAUCUAGCUGUGAUAAUAAUUUAUACGACAUUCAUCAACCAUUGGUAUGUGUUAUUUAUCUGUGAUAUACAAAGGUACUGUGAUAUGUUAUAUGUUUAAACUAUUAUUGUUGUAUAUUAAAACAAUAUGGACAAAAUCAA